AUGAACAGAGGCACAUACUGGAGUGACAAUGAAAUGAAGGCACUAAUAGCUAUCUGGGGAGCUAGUGACUUGCAGCAGCAACUGGACGGAGCUGUAAGAAAUAAAGUAAUUUACGAAAAAAUAGCACAAGAAAUGAAGAAAAAGGAAUAUGAAAGAGACUGGACGCAAUGUAGGAUAAAAAUUAAAAACUUAAAAACAAACUACAAAAAAGUAAAGGAUAGCAAUAACAAGACUGGGGAAAGGAGGAAAACAUGUAAGUUUUAUGACGAGCUGGAUAGGAUUCUGGGGCACCGACCAGCCUCCGCUCCAUCUUUCCUCGUUGACACAAGCUCUGAGAUGGAGGAAAGGGUGGAUGAGAUUGUGGAGGAUACAGACGAUGGCAGUCAAAUUCAGCCACAGUUUCCAGUGGAGAGUGCCGGUGCUGUGGCCAAUACUGAAGGAGAGGCCAGUACAUCUGAAAAGGAGAAAACAGAUGAAUGUGCUCCCCCUAAAACAAAAAACCCCAGAAAAAACAAGACAGAAAAGGCUAUGGAGAGGCAGACGGAGACAUUCUUAAGCUACCAGAGAGAAGCAGAGGAAAGAUUUGAAAAAAGAGAGGAAGAAAGAUGGGAUAAAGAGAGAAAAUUAGAAGACGUGAGAAGAAAGGAGGAACAGGCACAUCAACUACAGAUGAUGCAAAUGCUUGGACAGAUGAUACAGCAGCCAUGACAGUACUUCCCGCCACCAUCACAAUCAUUUAACCAAGACUCGAAUUACUAACUUCAAUCAUCAAACGUUAUAAUUAUAAUCAUAGUAUUACAGUCCUUAUUACAUAUAAUUAUAAUUAUACGUCACAUUAAUAUCAUGUACUGAAAUAUUGUGUUAAUGCACUCCUUAUCUGGUCACCACUAAUAUCUACUGAGUCAGAUGCCGACUGUCUAAUCAUACUAAAUGAUGAGUCACUCUCAAUCCA